UGAGCCACCACCACCACCACCGCCUCCACCUCCCCCGGAGCCCCGAGCGAGAACCAUGGAGGAGAUCAACAGCGUCGACGUGGGUCCGUGCGCGGAGUCCGAGUACCUGAAGCCGCUGCGGGUGCACUACAACCAGAAUGGCACAAAGAAGACCUGGGACUUCAUGCAAACCCAUGACAGUGUAUCAGUGCUGAUCUUCAACACCAGCUCUCAUUGUUUUGUCCUUGUCAAGCAGUUCCGUCCAGCCGUAUACAUGUGUGAGUGGGAAAGGAGCAAGAAGCAGCCGCCUCAGCCUGCUGACAAAGCCGAGGAGGGCGCUGCCGAAGCCGCGGCCCCCGAGUCUCCCCAGGAGGGCCAGUCGGCCUCGGAGGGGGAGAGCUCCUCUCAGUUGCCCCCGGCCUCAGCGGGGGUCACCUACGAGCUGUGUGCCGGGCUGGUGGACAAACCCGACCUCUCGCUGGAGGAGAUCGCCCGGCAAGAGGUGCUGGAGGAGUGUGGCUACGACGUACCUGCCGCCAAGCUGAAGAGGAUUACUUCUUACAGGUCAGGCGUCGGUGUAACGGGCGCCAAGCAGACCCUGUUUUACGCCGAGGUGUCCGACGACAACUGCGUGGGCCCGGGCGGAGGUGAGCCACGGGAGGGCGAGCUCAUCGAGGUGGUGAAGGUCCCGCUGCACGAGGCCAUGACGUUCGCCUACGACGAGCGUAUACCCAAAACCAUGGGCGUCAUUUUUAGCUUCAUCUGGUUCCACAAUAACAUGUCUCCCAAGUACAAGAUCUCAACUAACGUGUAACUAGUAUUUACAAAAACCCUUCUUUCAAAACAAUUAUUCCAAAAUUAAAUGAAACACUGGCCCAGCACAUCCAUUCUUCCCCCUUAUGGCUCUUUCUCCUGUGUUGCCUUUUUGCUGAGUGGCUCACGAUGGAGGGUGGGCCCCUCGUCGUGGGGCCGGCAGGUUUCUUUAAGUUUUGUCCCGUUUACCUUUUUCAAAUUUGAUGUGGUCUUAAAUCAUUUCCCUCAAAAAGAAACUUGCCAUAGCUGGUCGUCUCUGGCACUUUGUUUUUCACGUUUUUUUUUAUUUUUAUUCUAUGUAUGUUAAUUAUCUUACUUACUGUGCCAUCUGUUAAAAAAUGGCUGGAUAUCACUGAUUUCAUUUGCUUGCCCUUGAUUAGAGGAAUUCUCCACUGAUCUAAUUGAGGAUCUUGAAUGUGACCUUUAAAAAAAUCUGUUGCUGGCUGCGAGAAAAGAAUAUUAUCGUUCCUCGAACUCGACUCGGAGCAUUCCUGCAAAAACACAAUCACUGGGAAACUCUCACCUCACAUCUGAUAUCGUAAAUACAACUUUUCUGACUUUUUUUAAAUCAACAUGUCAGGGACCUUGAACACACCUCACAUGUUAUCUCACAGUGAACCAAUCACCACUCUGCGCUCUCUCACCGCCGGGUUAGUGGAAUCUUACAACGAUCUUGAUUUCGUGAACUCACCGAGGAUCAACAUGGAAAUUUCCUCUCCCACCAUCCACCCUGUACGAUGUGAACUUGGCAUCGAGCCACUCACCAGCCACGUGCCCCUGGUAACCUCCAGUCAGCUGACAUUUCUUAUUUAUUUUUUAUGGAGUCUUACUCAUGCUCAAACAUUUCAACCCAACCUGAAAGUUAGAAUCUAACAUUUAGAAUUUACAGCAUCAGCUUUUUCCACAUUGUUCUUAUCGCUAAUGCAAAAAAAAUAACAAACCAGUGGAGUAUUCCUUUAAGCCAUGAUCCAGUACUGCAAAGACUAUGCUGUUUAAUCAUGGGGCCUUGUAUCAACGGGGGGGUGGGGGGGGGAAAUCAGGCGCGUGUGUUUGUUAACCACCACUUGUUCAGGCAUGCCUCAAUUCAUUUAUCUAAUCCACAGCCUUUGAGCAAUACGUAUCACAGCACCCCCCCGGGCUGAACCAUCCCUCACAGCUCCUUCACAGCUCAGACAGAGCUUCUGCCUUCCUCUGCACCGAGGGCCGGACUCCCAGUGAGUCAUCGUAGUCCAGCACAAUCCUGAUCUGAGGCGUCCUGUACUAGGUUCGUCCAAGACAUGACACACAGAACUUUAUCUCACGUAUUCACGGUUAUAGGAUAAGGAAAUAAGCUACAGUGGGUUUUGGUUUUCAGGGGUUAUCUAGGGAAUAUCAGUCCAACCAAAAGAGGUGGUCUCAAAUUUUUUGGGGAUCGUUUGGACUUUAAAGAAAAGUCGUAGGAUUACCUUUCGUCUUUGCCUCCAACUAAAUAUUGUCAAGGACGUUCAUUUGGCUCAUUUGAACUAGUAUCGAGUAUUAGUUAUUGAUCCUGGUAGUAAUACUGUAAUGAUAUAACAGUGGGAACCUAGUUAACGAACUGAAUUUCUUCAUUCAUUUUGAUGAAUUGAUGUCAGACACAGGCCCGUCCACUAACCACUCGAUGUCAAGUGUAGGUAGACGCAGCCCACAGAUAUUUAAUGUGCUCCCUAAAUUCUGAUAUGAAACCCAAACUGAUCAGAUCAAUUAAAACAAUGUAAUAUAGACGUCAGGUGUGAAAAACUUCCUGAGAACCAGAUAUUUUGGCUCUAACGUGUCGGGGGGGAACAACCUGAAAAUCUCUCUGACAUCAAGUUAAGAUACCUUUUCAGUUUUUCUACCCUGUAGGACAUGUUGCUCUCUGAGAUACAGACACAGCCUGGAGGUUUGAACACAGCAGUGCAGAGUUUUAGAAGCAGUCACACCAUCUGACACAUUGCCUUGAACGAUAAUUCAUUCCGGAGUUCCAGUGCAGUACAUAUUGGGAAAUCGUCAUUUACACCAAAUCUCACAGAGUUGAUCUCCAACAGCAGUUUGUCUAAAAUCUCAGGUCCAAAUCAUCGAGCGUUUUUUUGGCCGUUCAGGGAAAAUCCUCUGAGCGCGACGAUGACCAGCAACUGAGGAUAUUAUCAUAUUUCCAAAAGUUACAAGGUUCUUACUCCUCUUACUGCCGUGUGUAUUAGUAUUUUUCUUCAUUCACAAAAAAGGGCUGGUACUUCAUCUAUGAUUUUAAAAAAACGUGACAAGACACAAAUUCCCCCCCCCCACCUCCUCGUUUUGUUAAAAAUAUGCAAGUACUGAAGCGGAGCUGUUUUUAGAAAAUCACUGCCCACCUAAAAAAACAACAACCCCCCCAUCUCAUUAUUUUUAGAUUUCUAGAGUCAGAUAGAAUUAGAAGUAGAAUAGAAGCACGCUGGCAGAUCUUGCCGGUGAUUCCACGUCUAACCAGGGUUCAGAUCUUCUUAUCGUGCACCAGCAGUUCAGUGGUUUGUACUGGGAGCUGUUUCAAAACUGACCUGCCUGAAUAACCUGGUGGUUUGGUGAAUUUAGUUAUUUUUUUUGUAAGUAUUUGUAAGGAUUCUAAGUGCAAUGUUUAUAACACCUUAAAAUCCCUAUACAGUGUUAAAACAAGUUCCAGUCCCCAAACUCACUGGUUUUUCUUUAUCUUCAACCACUGAGACCAUUAAGAAAUACUCAAGGUUGAUGUAAGAAUGAUUUAACUUCUUGUUUUUCUGGUUUUCGAGCCUGAGGAACAGCUGACAAUCAAACGCCAACACUUGUCUUCUGUUGCCCAUAGUACCUUGUGUGUUGUGUUUGUGGUUGUGUUCUUUCGUUGCGUUGUUGUGUGUUUGUUCUCGUCCGACUCUGCCUCGUUUCAUCUCUAUCUGGUGCCACUCGGGCUCUAAAUCGAUUGUUCUCAUCUGCACAAAUUAACUAAAUAUAUCAGAAAUGAAUCCACCAAACUAAAGAUGUUUGGUUUCACAGACCGGGGCAAAUAUUUGAGAAUGAAUUAUCACCCAAACUGUGUAGGAAUAUAUGCAUUCAACCCUUAAAGCCAUAUUAUCUCCCUCUACGGCCCAAUAAUUGAGUUUCUUAUCCAUCGGAGAUCUUUCCUCGAUGUAGGAUUUUCUAGUUUAACUGGAGCAGCUUGAAUUGUUUUUAUUCAUUAUUUUAUGUUCAUGUCUUUUUCAAAACAACUCUUGUUUGAUAAAUUGAUCCAUAUUCUCUCAGGAGUAAUGAGGUUUUCAAGCCUGUUGAAUAAAUGACGGUAUCAAGUGUGAAUUCUGAUCAAACUUUUCAAAUACUUUCAAACUACAGGAAUUAGAAGUUUAGAGUCGGGACACUUUGGAAAGAUGUGGAAAGCACCUUUGGAAAAUUAGACAAAUUCAUUUCAGGUUUAUUGUUUUUCUUUGGUUUAAUACUUUAAAAAGGUUUACACUCUAAUAUUCAGAAAACACCACUUUCCUCUAAUGGUCCAAUGAACAUUUACAUUGACAAAAAACCUUUAUAACACAAUCGAGGAAAGAAAAAAAUAUUUUUAACUACACCUCACAUCGUGAUAAUCAAUUUGUUUAAAUGUAUUUUUAUUGGGCAGCUUAUCCUCCUUCACCUUAAUUCAUCCACUUCCAUCCCUCUUUCCUUCUAACGCUGAUCUCAGUGGUUUGAUGACAGAUUUCCAAACGGUGCUCCCAGUUUUCCAUCGUCCUUGUUUGAGUUGUGACUAAUGAAAGUGGCCGCUUGUCUUUGGUUUGACUCUCGACUACCUGUCGCCCACACGUGAACACAUUUUACAGGUGUCAGCCAUAAUCAGUGCAGAGUUGACGGAGACAAAUCAAACCGUGUGUAUCGUGUAUAGAAAAGCGUUCCUUGGCUGAAAUGAGGGCGUCUGCAAACAAAAGCCAUUUUUACUUCUGAGGCCGGUGUGUAACUUUGUGCCUGUGAGUCGUGGAAAGCUGCCGGUUGACUUCUCCUCAGGAGCUGAAACGUUUGCUCAGUGGAACGUCGUCACAGAAUCGCGAGGCCGUGUUUCUCCUCCACGUUAACGACCUGCACCUGAAGGCAGCGGCCGACGCAGGUGCACGUCGGUCCACGCCUUUCCCCCCGCGCGAUCAUCCGAGGGUUCGAGUGCGAGGACGCACAGUAGCAUUAAUGAUUGACACAAGGAAAACAAAACAUCCAGUCCCAACGUCUGAUGUCGUUACUGAAGCUCGAUUGUUUUGACAGAAUUCGGUUGCCAAAAGAAACACAACUUGUGUGGCAGCGCGUCAGGCUCAGCCGGUUCCACCAGGACCUAUACAGAACAAAUAUAAGAUGGAAAUGUGGAUUUAAGUAUAGGUCUGUGUGUUUGUUUAAGUUCAAGCUGUGGAGUCGAGAUCUGCUUCAUCAGACCCGCAGUCUGUUUUGUACUCAAACUUUUUUUAUUACCUUCAUAAGCUACUUACAAGUGGCUGGUUAUGUUUUUUUUUAAUUAUUAUCAUCUUAUUCAGGUUCAAAUGUUUGUGUUCUUCUGCAUAAAAUACUAAAAUUUGAGUUAAUACCCAAACCCCAGACUGUCGUAGUGUUGAGUUCCAGACUCGUGGACGUCAGGAAUCGUGGCAGCGCUCACGGAGGAGUUAGAGGAAGAGUUCAACAUUUUGAGAAAUGCAAUAAUUCACCUUUUUGCAAAGAGUUGGCUGUUGAAACGGACACCGCCUCCUCGUUUGUACAGUAAAUAUGAAGCUAUAGGGACGUACCACUAAGCAAAGGGUUAAUACCACAUGAUACACGUUUGAGUCCCUACCAUGGGGCCCUUGGGCAAGUUAUACCCCACUUGGAUUAAUGAGCUUUAGAUUUUAGAGUUAAGCCGUUCAGACCUGGUGUUAACAUCUGUCCUGAGGGAUCCAAUCACAAGUUCAGGUGUGAACAUCCCUUGCUACAAAUUAUAUGGACAUAGAUAUCGAUAUUGAAAACGUUGAACUUUUCCUUUUCCCCUCUGUGACGAGAUGAACUCUCCCACUGCGACAAAACUAAAAGCACCUUUGCCAGUUCAGAGUGAAGUGGUCCGACUGGCCGUGUGUUAGAUAUCAAGGCGGUUUAUCAUUUGAGGUAAGGAAUUGGUCGUCUGACUCUUUCUUACCUUGUGCUGGAUUUGGAUCAUUAACCCAGAAUCCGACAGCUCUACCUCCACCACUUGUGUGUGUGUUUGUGUGUGUCUGUGUGUGUGCGUUCGCUUUCUACUGAAGCAUCGACAUAUCAAAUUCCCAACGCUCACUGGUUCUCUGUGACAGAAAACCAGAUCCAUCAGUACCACGUGUUUUUCUACACGUUCCCCUCACGGCGCUGCUGUACUCGCUUUUUCUUUUUCAACUGUGAUUGUUUUUUUCGUUAAUGGUUUGGGCGCCGUUCGACAAUUUCUUACUGUACCCUCCAGCGAUCAAGAGCUGAACCACGAUUCAUCAUUUUUUAAAUGUCGGGUUAUUCAAAGGUGCUAUGUGUAGUUAAUCUGUAUUUAAAGAAGCUGUAUUAUCCUGUUACAUUGAUAUCGGACCAAGGAUGUGACGGUUCCCGGGUUCCUCUGGCGAUCGGCUCAGUUUGUGAUUCUGUGCUCAUGAAAUCCUGGAGAAAGGCACUUUUGAUUUUUUUUUUUGGGGAUGAAGUCCGCUCACGUUUGCUUCUUCACUUGCAGACCGGUAGUUGGAAUAUUCAGAAGCAUCAAUUAUAAGAUUUGCUGCUAUGAGGCAAAGAUGACGUGUAUCUCAUUCGAUUCAUAUUUUAGUGAAAACACACACGAUACCUUUAAUCGAAAGAAGUACGAUUAGUUUCUUUUCAUCGUGAAGAGAUUUGUCCAAUUGUGAUUUUAUUUUUUUUAUUUUCUUUAUGGUGUCUUACUCUGAAUUUGUGUUUUUAAAAGAAAAAUAUUUUCUGGAGGAAAAAAAAAAAAGUACAAACACGAACAUUUCUGAAUUUCUCAUGUAUUUUAAGCUUUAUUAAAAGUGUAUACUCAUUGUGGGCAGUGAUUUCAGUAAGGUUUGGAUUUUGUUAAUUUAUUACCUUAAUGUUGAAAUGUUUAACUUUUAAAACAUGACACUUGGUACAAACAUACAGUAUAUAUUUAAAUAUGAUACUUUGCAUGUGCACUAACUGUCUUGGAUGACAUUGCAUUAAGUUGAAAUAAAAUGGGUUUGAUGCCCAAAACGUCAA